AAAACAUUUCUCCUCUUUUGUAACAUAUCGCUCGUUACUCCAGAAGUUCAAAAGUGUAACAUACUCGACGCAUGCGCACUCGGCCGCCGUAAUGUUCCGCGCAUGCGCACAUCGGUAGCUGUCAGCUGGUUGUUAUAGUAACAGGCGUCAUGAGUUGAGCGCCAGUGUGGUUAUGAAGCUAACGGUUAAUAAUCACACCCAACCUUAAGAUCUCAAACAGAUGAGUUAAGUGGAUUGGAGAUGAGUGCUGUCACCCACACAUUGUGCUGACACACACACACACACACACACACACACACACACACACACACACAGACGGAGAUGCCAGCCGUGAGAGAACAGAAGGACGAAUCCGAGUCAUCGUCUGAAGAUGAGCCGGAGAGACUUCCGUGCAUUGCCUGGAGUGGCGUCAGCAAGAGGAUUCCCGUGCUGCUCUUCUGUGCAGAAGCCAUCGUGUCCAAAGAUGUGGCCAUCCGCUCUGUUGGAGAAAAAUAUAACUUGGCCUUCAAGAUUGUGCGUACGGAGAGCCGUCUUGUUCGUGGCAUCCUGGUCAAUCACGGAUUCCACGAGGUGCACCCAAAUAGCAAUGACUUUAACCUGAUGUGGACCGGCUCACACCUGAAGCCAUAUCUUCUGCGCUCUCUGCAGGAUUUCCAGAAAGUCAACCACUUUCCCAGGUCGUUCGAGCUCACGCGGAAAGAUCGGCUCUACAAAAACAUCCAGAGGAUGCAGCAAACCCACGGCUUUCAUAACUUCCACAUCGUACCCCAGACCUUUGUGCUUCCUGCCGAGUACCAGGAAUUCAGCAGCUCCUUCAGCAAAGACAAGGGAGCGUGGAUCAUCAAACCGGUGGCGUCCUCCAGGGGCAGAGGCAUCUACCUGGUCAGCAGUCCGAGUCAGAUCCCACUGGACGAGAAUAUUCUGGUGUCUCGCUACAUCAGCAAUCCUCUACUGAUCGACGGUUUUAAGUUUGACGUGCGUCUGUACGUGCUGGUGACCUCAUAUGACCCUCUCCUGAUCUAUCUCUAUGAGGAAGGCCUGGCCAGGUUUGCCACAGUGAAGUAUGACCAUGCCACGGCAAACAUCAAGAACCAGUUCAUGCAUCUGACCAACUACAGUGUCAACAAGAAAAGCAGUGACUAUGUCAGCUGCGAUGACCCUGAAGUAGAGGAUUAUGGGAACAAAUGGAGCAUGAGCGCAAUGCUGAGAUAUUUGAGGCAAGAAGGCAAAGACACCACAUUGCUCAUGGGCCAGAUCGAGGAUCUGAUCAUUAAAGCUCUUCUGAGCGCUGAGAUCCACAUCGCCACAGCCUGCAAGAUGUUCGUCCCUCAUCGCUGCAACUGCUUCGAACUGUACGGUUUCGACGUUCUCAUUGAUUCCAACCUCAAACCAUGGCUCUUGGAAGUGAACCUCUCUCCUUCAUUGGCAUGCGAUGCUCCUCUGGAUUUAAAGAUAAAGGCCAGCAUGAUCUCUGAUAUGUUUUCUCUUGUGGGAUUUGUGUGUCAGGAUCCGUUAUUACGACAGCCGCGUCCCGACAGAGCUGGGAUUGAUUCAAGAAUGAAGAAUACUGCGCAGAAACUUCAGCGUCAGAGACCUCCAUCCUCCAAUAGUGCGGACCCAGAAGCUCAGAGAGAGAAAGCCAGUGCUAAGCCAGCGGAGAGUACGCUGAGUCUGACGGCAGAAGAGAUGAAAGUGCUGAGGAGGGUACAGGAGGAGUAUGACAGGAGGGGUGGGUUUGUUCGGAUCUUUCCCACUCCAGACACCUGGGAACUUUACAGUGGUUAUCUGGAAUACAAGACCUCUAUGAAUGCCAUGUUGGCUAAUAAACUUUUCCAUGGAAGGACCAGGGUGAAUGAUAAUAUAUCUCUGGUUGUGGGGACCUUCUGCACGCACCAUGUGGUCCAAUAUGAAAGGAAGCUUCUUAGUCUGGAGACACGCAAGCAGAGGCGCAAACCCAGGCGAGCCUUCGCUGGAAGAAGACGAGCAGGUCUGAAAGCUUCUCAGUCCCCUCACAUGAGUGAGAAUGAGGACGGGGUAGAGCGAGACAUAGAGCUGAAAUCACCUCACCUCCAAACAGACACUGCUCUGGAACAAACUUCACAACCCAAAGUCAACCUGCUUCAGAUUCUCCAGCAAGGAUGGGACCUCAGUAAAGUUCAAGCACGCAUGGCCUUCUCCUCUUACCUGCACCGUGUGCAGCUGCGCCUGCUGGCUGAGAGCAGAGCCAACAUGGGCCCGGCCUGGACACAGAAGGAGCACGAUCAGAUGGAGCUGGUGGUUCGCUUCCUGAAGAGAGCCAGCAGUAACCUGCGUCAGGACAUGUGUCUGGAGGAACCCAGCCGUCUGCUGUGUCUGUCAGACCGCCAGCGCAUCCUCUCCCAUCAGCUCGGGAACUUCAUACAGCUCUAUAACCAGGAAACCAAGCAAAUGGUGGAGAGUUUGGAGCAGAUUCCGGAUGAGGAUCGCUGCAUCAACUCCAAUGUUUUCCAGGAGUUUAUUCUGGAGGCCAGUGAAAGUGACUUGGAGGAAGUCCUUACGUUCUACACGCAGAAGAACAAGUCUGCCAGUGUGUUUCUGGGCACAAAGUGUGACAGCAGCGGAGUCCAGAGGAACAGCGAUGACAACAGAGAGACAGCUGCGUGCAUCAACACGGACGCCUCUGAUGGUUUAGAUAACGCAGAGAUCCAACUCAAAGACAGUACUGCAGCUCAAACCGGAAACCAGGGCCAAAGUAAAUUAACCCAAAGCACAGAAACCUGUAGUGCAACUAAACAUGGUAACAAAACCAAAUGCAACUCAUUACCAAAUGGACACAUCCAGAGGAAAAGCCAAAGUGGAGACUGCGCCGUUAUUGAAGUGCUACCCGAUCCUUCGGCUGCGGCAGAGACCGAAUCAAGAGAUAUACCAAACAAGACUCACACCUCUGCUGUCAGAAACAAGAGAGCUGUGUGUAAAUCAGCCAGUGAUCAUCCGAACGCUGCAGCUCUGGAGUGUGAACACAUCGUCUUACAGCACUGCCUCCCGCCACCGUACGUCCAGCCGCCGCCACAUCCACUGGCCAGCAGCUCGUCUGUGUGUGUCACCUGGGCCUCCGCACGCAGCCAAUCUACUGCUGCAACACCUCGACCGGUCCAUCCCACCGGUGUCCUACCCAGAGCCGUCCAGAGAUCAGUACGGCCGUCCUCCGCAGGACACGUCAGUCAGAGGCCCAGUCUGAGUAAGUCCAGACCUGGAUCUGCUGGUUUGCUGAAAGAGACGGACCCUCUGUCGGCCCAGGCUCAGUCCAACCAGCUGGCCAUCGUGUCUGCUCUGCGCAAACUAGUGGAGAAACAGGCGGCUCGUCAGUACAGCACGUCCAGCCACAUCAGCCUCCUCACACAACACCUGACGAAUCUGAAUCUGGCCAAUGGGCUCUUCAGCAGAGGAGGUCUCACGUUGGGUCCUGGGGUCCGGCACGCACCUGUGAGAGCGAUGCAUACAGACACGACCGCUGGGAACUCUGGUCUCAGGGCUGCGUGUGAAGCUGAGUCGGUGUGUGAUGUUGAUCUGCUCAGUGAUCAGAAGCCGCCGCCGGCUGCAGGAAACUACCAGCUUCAGUUCGCCAUCCAGCAGCUGCAGCAGCAGAAGCAGCGAUCCAGACAGCUGCUCGACCAGAGCCGCACACGCCACCAGGCCAUUCUGUCGUCUCACAGCCUCACCCCUCACGCUCCCAGCAGCCCCCUGACCCAGCCGCUCAGACGCACCUUCACCCAGACGGGCCGCGCCGGGCUCCUCACGCUCACACCCAAACCUCCCAGCAGCGCCCCGAGAGACGGACGCCUGCGCAAGACCACCGCACACACGCUCCACAAGAAAGCAUUACCUGAGCCUCCAGCCGGUCAGAGCAGCAGCAGUGGACAGCAUGUGGUGUAUGAGACUGUGUGUGCCAAGACAGGUCUGUCAGUGUACAGUAAACUCUUCCACACUCAGGGCUCCAGGAACAGAUGAACGAGGUCAGAGGUCAGCAGCUUUGUGGGAUCACAUGACACACUGAGAUCGAGAGACAACACGGACAUGAAGAGUUCACCUCUUCACUCUCAAUAUGAUGUCUUCUGAUAAUCAUUAUUUCCCUCCCAACCGGCCUUAUGUGUCUUUUUUGAGUGUGUGAUUGUACGUGAAAUCCUUCUCUUUGAGUGGAUCUGUUCCACAGUCUGAAGGCGUCCUGCUUCUCGCAGUCUCGAAUGUGCAGUUGUCCAGCCGUCAUUAUCACCGCACAUCUGAUGCCAUGUGAAGGUUGUGCGGACUGACGGCUCACAACAGCUGCGACACGUGCAGCAACAGCAGACCCGAGAUCACGAGAGCACCCACCCAUCACGUUUAUCCAUGUUUACAUGUACAGAUCGAAGAUGUAGACUCCUGAGUCAAGAGCUUUCAGCACCGCUAACAACUUCUGUUCAAGUGCCUGGGUUCAGGUGAGAGGAACCGCUGGAGCAGCUCUGAUCUGCAAACUAGAAACAUCGACGUCCAGGUAAAGCUGGGAUGAGUUUCUGUGCAACUAAACACUUGACCAUAUUUGACCAAUGUCCUGGUAAUACUUGAUGCACUGUGAUCAGCACUACUGUGCUGAAGGGAUGACAUUGUGUUUUCAGUUUGAUUUUAGUUUAACACUUCACUUUAAGUUCCUGGCCAAAACUGAAUUAAUGACAGGGCCUCAUUCAUGCAGCAGAAACGGAUCACUUUUCUUAUCAUAAUAUCGGUUGAUGAAAAAACAGUUUACAAGAAUUCAUAUUGCGUUUCAUGAAUGAGGCCGAUUAUGCAAGAUUGAAUUUAUGCAACAUACAGUUUUAUUCUCAGGAUUUUAAUGUUUUAGUUUGUACAGUAUUUGUAUAGCAUUUUUUUUCUCCUGAAUUUACGCAUGACCAGAUGAAACUUGACCAAUUAUUUGUGCAUUUACGUUACUGUACCUUUUUAGCAUGGAGGAAAUUUCAGCUAAUUUGUGUGAUAACUUUUGUUUUAAGAAAAAAAAAUACUGUUAAAGCGAGCUAUGCAAUCUG